AUGGAAUAUAUCCCCGGUUCCGAUUUGCAGAAGUUAGCGCCAUCACUUCCUGAAGAUCAGAAGAGAAAAGUGAGCAAGCGUAUCAAGGAAGUACUGAAUGAACUGCGACGUAUUCCUUCUCAGGGGGCAUUCUCUCUACUACUUACUACCCUUGAUCGGGACCCGAGCAUAUCUGGUCCCUUUGGCGACGAGGAACAGUUCAACCAAGGUAUCUUGAAAUGCCUGGGACGGAGGGAGUCGCCGCAUUAUGUCCGCUUGCUUCAUCAAGCGAUUAAAUGUACACUCCAAGGACACAGGGUUGUCUUCACCCAUGCGGAUCUCCAGCCGGAGAACGUCAUGGUUGAGGAACAGAAAGGAGUGUGGGAGGAUGGAAGUCACGAUUAUCAGAUAACGAUUAUUGAUUGGGACUUGGCUGGCUGGUACCCUGAAUACUGGGACUAUUGUAAUUCGACGGUCUACUGCCAGGCGAAACCGGAGUGGCUUGGAUUAUUCCCGGAUAUCUUUGAGGAGUAUCCGGUGGAGUAUCUUAUCAUGCGGAUAUUCUAUAUGUCGAUUUUUUAUUGA